CUCGUCUUCUGCAAGUGCAGGGAAGUUGGAUCCCUUCGAUUUCCAACUUCAACGUGGCAUAUUAUUCAAGUUUUACAAAUUUUCACAGGUUGUGUUGAAAUAUCGUGAUCGAAUGAUCGUGAUAUCUCAAUCGUGAUGAUACAGAAAUUAUGAAACCUCCUGUCUUGACUGUCUAUUAGUCACUACCUAAUAUUAUCAAUCUCAGUUACUAUGGAAACCGCCAAUGCUGACAAAUUCACAAAAUUGGAAAUUUCAAAUCAUAAUGGGAGAAUUUUUAGGAAGAGCUGGAAUUUUCUUUGAUGAAGUAGAUAGAAUAUGCAUUUUGGAACCUGAAGUAUCCAAACUAACCAGUGAUCUGAAAGAAGAAUGUCAAAUAUAUAUAGAAAAGAUUGACGAAUUUCAAAAAAUCGUAAAUAAAUUUAUAGCAAUGGUUGAUCAAUUGGGUGAGGCAGUGGAAAGGAAGAAAAUAAAAGCAAUUGGAGCGCGAAAUAUCUUACAAAGUAUGGAAAAAGAAAAAGAGACUCAUCAUCAUCAAUUACAGGCCUUGAUUGCUGAAAAAUCUAUGGAGCUGGAACGACUGAAAAUUCACCUCAACUCAUUACAAAAAACAGAGAUGGAGCAGAACGAGGUGAUAAAUGAAUUAACACAUUGUUAAAAAAGUAUUUAUUAUUUCAACUUGAAUGCUAAAAUGAAGCAAGUAACUAUACUUAAUUUACAACAUUCUGAUUUUAUGAACCAUCAUAUUUCAAUGAAAAAGUAUGAUGUGCUUUUCUGUGAAAUGGUCAUUUGUCAAAAAUAUACAUGUUUCCUCUUAUUUAUGACAUAAAAAUCAGAAAUUCAAAUAGUUAAAUAUGGUUCAAUAAUACACAAUACAUUAACUAAAAUAAUUAUUACAUUCAACAUAAAAGUACCUACAUUUAUGAUACAAAACGACCAUUGACCACCACAGUUAUGUUCAACUGAAGGCACAUCGACCUGGUCUUUACAUAAAAAGAAAACGUGAUCAAAUAAUUUAAAGGUUGCUAUAAAAAUAAAAUUCAAUACAGCAUUUGCUCAAGAUUCCAUAUUACAUUCUGAGAGCAGAUUCAUAUGCAAGCUCUACAUGUCUUGUGUUAAUGCACAUUGCCAUCUGAUAGGCUGUAGAGUUGAAAAGCGCUGAG